ACAUCAUAGGCCUUGCUGUUUGAUAACAAGGCGAGACGAGGGGGCGGCAGUUUUCAUUCAAUUUGUUGUCACUCCACAAGAAGCAAGCAAAGGAUCUUUAAAGCUGACGAAUACAUCUGAAACUCUCGAGUACACUGUUCUGCCUCUCCAUCCAGUGGCUUCCGAGGUGUUCGUGCUGUCAGGGUGAUGUCAGCAGCCUGUCUCACACGCUUGGCAAGAUGCAGUGGUCUUCAUGUGGGUCGAGCCGGUCUUGUACAGAUGAGCUUAGUCCCCCUUCCGGUCCAGCAUGACAGCCACUUCCAGUUCAUUUUCCGCAAACCGCUCCACACCCCUUCAGAAACUCGGCACAGUAAUACACGCUUUGAUCCAGACAGCAGCGGCCGCCCCACUACCUGGGAUUCAUUUGGAAUCUGGGACGAUCGUAUCGAUGAGCCCAUCCUGCUGCCCCCCAGCAUUCGUUACGGCAAGCCCAUUCCCAAAGUUAGCCUAUCCAAGGUAGGCUGCGCCUCGCUCAUUGGUCAACGCAAGGACAAUGAAGACCGCUACCGGGUCUCCGAGCUGACCGACAGGGUGCUCUACUUUGCUGUGUUUGAUGGGCACGGUGGAUCGGAGGCAGCUGACUUCUGUGAAAAAUACAUGGAAAAAUAUAUCACGAACCUUCUUGCAGACGAGGAAAAUCUGGAAUUAGUUUUAACAAAAGCCUUCCUUGAAGUAGACAAAGCUCUAGCAAGGCAUUUGCACUUCUCUCCAAAUGCACCCGGGAUGAACGCAGGAACCACCGCCACCGUGGCCCUGCUGAGGGACGGCAUCGAGCUGGUGGUCGGCAGCGUGGGUGACAGUCGUGCCAUGUUGUGCCGCAAGGGCAAGGCCCUUAAACUCACUGUUGACCACACCCCUGAGAGAAAGGAUGAAAAAGACAGGAUAAAGAAGAGUGGGGGGUUUAUCACCUGGAAUAGCCUGGGGCAGCCAAAUGUCAAUGGCAGGUUGGCAAUGACGCGUAGCAUUGGAGACUUUGACCUGAAGAAGACGGGAGUCAUUGCUGAACCCGAGACCAAAAGAGUAACGUUGCACCAUGUCCAUGACUCAUUCCUGGCGCUGACCACAGAUGGCAUUAACUUUAUUAUGAACAGCCAGGAGAUCUGCAAUGUCAUCAACCAGUGUCACGAACCCAAAGAGGCAGCACAGAGAAUAUCUGAGCAGGCUAUUCAGUAUGGUUCAGAGGACAACAGCACAAUCAUCGUGGUGCCGUUUGGUGCCUGGGGAAAGCACAAGAGUUCAGACACGAGUUUCUCUUUCAGCAGAAGCUUCGUGUCCAGUGGUCGCUGGGCAUAGGCUGCGGGGACGUUGGAUGAAAGGACGAGGUCUGUUUAAGACUUUGUUAACAUGUGCAAUACAUUUGGCUUCCUGUAAAGAAACAUUGUAAAAAGUGUGUGGUUUGCCGAAAUAAUGACACCUAAUGGCUACAACAUUAAUUACAGUUGCAUGAUGUU